AUGGAGGAAAAUAGCAUGCAGGAAUUGGUCUGCUUUCAAGAAAGUGAUAUUGAAUUUGAUUGUAGGGUCCCCAUAUUGGAUAAUAAUAAUACUAAUACUACUAAUCCUCGUCAAACUCGAAGGGCUGUAAGAAGAGGCUCCUGCAGCCGCGUACAGCGCAUAUUCUGGAAAGUGCGCAAUCUUGUGGUAGCCUACAAAGAGGUCGUUUUAUGGCGAGAAGACUGCUUGACGGAUGUGACUGAAUCUUCGCGCGUUAUUCGGCAGAUCCAAGCAAAGCGCCGUGAAGGCGGUGAAGCGGAUGCCUGUCCGUAUCUUUUGCUUUAUUACGCCCUUCGGGUGAUGGAUACUCAUCACUACCAGUGGUUGAUGGAAUGGGUUGAGGAUUCACUCCUGGAUUUGAUAAAAAACAAAGCCUUUAAAAAGGAAGUGGUGUGUGGGAGGGUUGCUCGACAAUUAGUCGAGGCCCUUCGUUUUUUGCACGUUGAGGUAGGGUUGGUCCACGGGGAUGUGAGCCUCGCAAAUAUUUUGGUGUUAUCCAACCCGGGCAAAGUCGCAGAAAACUAUGAAGAUCGAGGAGAAGGAGGAGGUGAAGAAGAAAGGUCCCAUUUUAUUACCCGCCUUGGGGAUUUAGAGGCCUGCUCCCCUGCAGGAAUCUUACCAAAGUGUUUUCACGGAACCUUUCUCUUCGCGGCGCCAGAAGCAUUAGCGCAUCGUGUGGAGACAGCAGAUUUUAGCGUGGAUGUGUGGUCUGUGGGAAUUGUUGUUUGCAUGUUGUUAAGUGGGGGCAAGCAUCCUUUUCUCACUCGUGAGAAGCCAACUUUUUGGGAUAUCCUCGAUUCCCUAAAUAACGCCAAGACUUUAAAUUUGCGGGCCCACUUCAAGGCGUUCCUCCCCGGUGUCAGUGAAGCGGCCAUUGAAUUUAUUUGCGGGUGUCUGUCGUGGGAACCCGCGGAGAGGCUGUCUACCACUCAACUUCUUCAGCUCCCGUGGCUUUCCCAGUGCGUUGGAUAG